AUUAUGCUGUUGCUCACGGCUUGGAAGCAGUUGUGUUAUUCAACUGUAAUGAUAAAAUUUUUAUUAAACGCUCUAUCAUUGUAUAAAAUUAUCAUCAAUAUAUAUGAUAAUUAAUUAUCACUUAUAAAUAUGUAUACGUGUGUAUUUAAUAUUCAACACAUUCUAUCGCUGAUAAGAAAAGUCGUAUAACAUCUUCCAAUAAGCAACGUAAACAUUUUUAACUUUUUUGCAAUAUUGAUGUACAACAAAGUAUAUUAAUAACUAAGUAACAUAUCAUAGGAGAUAGUAAUAUAAAUAUUAUUAUAAAUUAUUUUUAUUAAAAUGGCAUAUAGAACGACUUCGAAAUUGUUAAAUUUAUAUUCAUCACAAAUUAGAAAGUUCAGUGACAAAAUUAAAGAGCCAAAAUUUAUGGGUAUACAAAAUCAAUUUACAAAUUCUUUGAAAUUUAUAAAUAAAGAUAGUUAUGAGUCUAUUCCAAUUUACCGAGUGUUGGAUAAUGAUAAUAAUGUCUUAAAUCCUGAUGCUAAACUUGACAAUGAUACUCUAUUAAAAAUGUAUAAAAACAUGAUGAAAAUUUCAAUAAUGGAUAAAGUAUUGUAUGAAUCACAAAGACAGGGUAGAAUAUCAUUUUACAUGACAAAUUAUGGUGAAGAAGCAUUGCAAACUGGUUCUGCUGCUGCUUUAAAUAUUGAUGAUGUUAUUUAUGCACAAUACAGAGAAGCUGGUGUAUUAAUGUGGCGAGGCUAUGAAUAUUCUGAAUUUUUAAAUCAAUGUUAUGGUAACUUUGAUGACUUGGCAAAAGGCAAACAAAUGCCAAUUCAUUAUGGCUCAAAAAAACUUAAUUUUGUUACAAUAUCAUCACCAUUAACAACACAAAUGCCUCAAGCUGUUGGUGCAGCAUAUGCAUUAAAACGAGCUAAAAAAGAUGCAUGUACUGUUUGUUAUUUUGGUGAGGGUGCAGCAAGUGAAGGUGAUUUUCAUGCUGCUUUUAAUUUUGCAGCAACUCUAGAUUGUCCAAUUAUUUUUAUAUGUAGAAAUAAUGGAUAUGCUAUAUCAACACCAUCAACUGAACAACUACGUGGUGAUGGAAUUGCAGCAAGAGGACCAGCAUAUGGUAUAAAUACUGUUCGUGUUGAUGGCAAUGACAUUCUUGCAAUGCAUCAUGCAACAAAAAAUGCUCGUAAAUAUUGUAUAAGUCAUGGUAAACCAGUUUUAAUUGAAGCAAUGAGCUAUAGAGUUGGACAUCACAGCACAUCUGAUGAUAGUACAGCUUAUAGAUCAAAAGAUGAAAUUGAUUUAUGGUUAAAACAAUCACCAAUUAUUAAGCUACGUAGAUAUAUUGAAAGUCUUGAUAUUUGGAAUGAUAAUGAUGAACUUGAAUAUGAAAAAAUAACUAAAAAAAAUUUUAUGAAAGAUUUUUCUAAUGCUGAAAAUAAAUUAAAACCAAAUUGGAAAGAAUUAUUUACUGAUGUUUAUCAUAAUAUGCCAAAUCAUAUCAAAAAACAAAUGGAUUCUAUGGAUAAUCAUUUGAAGGAAUACAAAGAACACUAUCCACUCAAUGAAUUUAAAUCAACUUAAUUUAUUCAUCUUACUUGGUGAUUAUUUUUUUCAUGAUGUU